UAAUCAAUUCAUGGAAAUAUAGAAAUAGAAGUUAAAGAACGAAAGAAAGAAAAGGGAAAGAUUAUAAAAUAUAAUGUAGACAUUGAUUUAGAGAUCUAUUCGUUCUUUAGCACAAACAAACUUUAACACAUCAUGAAUAGAAAAUUUAAACAUUGUAAGAUUUGUUUGAAUCUAAAUGUUAUUUAGGAAUUUAUUUACCAAAAUUACGUUUUCUUCGCAAGGAAAUGACUAAAAGGGGUAGCAAACGGACAGUCAUUUGCAUCUCGUCGUCGUCGUCGUCGGAUGCCGACGAAGAAGAAUCGGAGGAGUAUGAUGAUGAAGACGAUGGCGUAGGGGAUUCGGAAGAGGAGUUUGAUGAUAAAGACGAUGACGAAGGGGAAUCGGGAGAGGAGUUUGAUAAUGAAGAGAGCGACAAUGGUUGCGAUGAAGUUCUAUCCAAGCGAGUCAUACGCUUCCUUAAAGAGAACAAAAAUUUGGAUUCGUUAACACUUAAUGAUUGCAAAGCUUAUUUACGGGAGAGUAGGCUAAGAAUAGCGGGGACUAAAGCCGUAUGUAUUCAAAGAGUCAAGGAACACUGGAGGUUGAAAAAUGGAAAUGGUGAAGUUCAAUAUCCAAAGUCAUCCUUCGUUGUCAAUUGUACUGGUGAUGUUUGUAGGGGGGAUACUGUUCUGUUCACUCAGAAAGUUUAUGCAAAGUUUGAUAAAGUAACUAGGCAUGGUGGACUCAUAGGGAAGAGAACUGUAGCAGGGAGGGUAGUAAAGGAGAGCUAUGGUGCAAGCAAACAGCAGCAUACCUUUACUGUUGAAGUUCUGUGGAGCAGGGGAGUUAGGAAAUUACGUCCACUUUAUCCUCUGCUUGUUAAGGGUCGAAAUCUCUAUAAACUGAGAACUUUCAGACUGCUUUGGAAUGAUGAAGCUGAAAGAGUUCAAGCUCUUGCCGAGAAGCACAGAAGAGGUGUGGCUGCUCGGGGUUUACGAGCAAUGCAGAAAAAGAAACGAAAAACUAUUCAAACCAAAGGAUGUGCAGAGAAUCAAGGACAUGUUCAUCUUGCAAGACAACCUCUUAAGAGUAAAGAGAAGCGCCAAAGGAUGCCAUCAAGGGACAAUAACAAUGUUAAGAUAGAGAAGGCCACGGUGGCUCAUCAAAGAUGGGAUCAGCUUUAAGGACAGCUUUAAAGAUGCCGGACUCCGUUCGAGCCCAAAAUGGACGACUUCCACAUAGAAGAAUAUAUGCAAUUACACCUAUACUCCAUACAUCUGCCUCAGUACUGUAAGAUCUAUGGAGCACUUCAGGAGCUACAUAAUAAGCACUACCAACAAUGUCAUUGAGCCUUUCAUCUGCCAAAGGAAUUAAAGAACAUAAACUAUUUUUCAAGCCUUGAAGUUGCUAAAUUAAUUAUAGUGUAACUAAACAAAAGGAAAACCUGGUUUCGCAAAAUCCGACAAUCCAAAAUCUAUAGCCUUCAACGGCGAAUUUUCGUCC